UACACAGCUAUUAAACAAAAUAUAGAAAACAAUAUAAAUACAAAAUACGUUAAGGCUUGCAAUGUAUACAGUACCUGUGAUACCUCCUGAUCUACGACAUGAAGAAACAAUCAUCCAAGCAGCCAUAGCUCUCAGUUGUCUUCAAAAAACAAUAAAUUCUGUAUUUGACUGCAUUGAUAAUCGUACCCAACGCAAUAAUGCCAAAGUACAAGAGUUGAGUACGCGUAUUGAACGGGCACAAGCAAAACUACGCAGUUUGGUGGGCACAAAAAAGGCAAUCAAAAUUUACGCUCCAGCUCGUUUUCCAUCAACCCAAGUUUUUUAUGAUAUACCGCAAACCUUCGGUAAUUCGGAAACAAUGUUGGACGAACAUAUAAAUAAUCAAAAACAUAAAAAACAAUUAAAUUAUGAAGUGCACAGCCGUAUAGAUGCACCUGCAACGCAAGCGUUACAAGAAAAAUUGGUUUUCUUUCAUGUACGCUAUAAGAAUAUGAAUGAAUCAUUUCCGGGUAAUACUGUAGCUACCAACAGAAUACAUGUAAACAAAAGUUCUGGUAUGGGUAUAGUACCUGAAAAAUUACGAUCAGUAUCCUCAUUGUUACAUUGUAAUGGCAACGAAAUGGUUUACGGUCAAGAAAAUGGUGAAAAGGAGGCAUGGAAAAAAGCUAAGCUCUUUAAAUUACAACGUCAACGUCAAGAUAAUACCGAAAUUAAGCAACUUUUAGAUCCAGCACCCUAUUCAUUAGCGCAUCGCAAUCAAAAAACAGAUUCUUUAGGAGGCCUUCGCUACACACCACGAUUGCAUGACGCACCGGAAAUCAAUCUACCACUUGACUUGCCCGAUUUACCUGGUAUUGCUGAUGAUAUACAAUUUGAGGGUAAAGAGCAUCAGCAAAUUGCCCCAUCUUUAUAUAUCGAAAACUUACCCGAUCUGACUGAGUUAGAGGAGGCAGCUACAAUUGCGACAAAUAUAUCUAAUCCUACUGAAAAACAGGGUAUUGCACUUGAACAUUCUUCUCAACCGCCGACAACGAAUACAGUCCCGGCUCCAAUUACAAAAAGUGUACAAGUAUCAGUGGCACCAGCACCCCCUCCACCGCCUCCACCACCACCAUUACCUCCACCACAUACAUCGACAACACCAAUGCAACAUAAUGCCAAAAACGAAAACUCGAAUUUACAAAACCCUAACACCAAUAAUGCUCGAACUGAGUUAAUGGAUGCUAUACGAAAAGCGGGUGGUGCAAGUGGUGGUAGAUUACGUGCUGCCGCUGCUGCCCCGGUUGAUGUAGUCGAUACUAAAUUACGAACCAAAAAUAAUGAAAUCAAACCUAUAGCAAGCAAAAGUGGUGGAGGAGAUCUCAUGGCUGAUUUACACAAUAAAUUAUUAAUGCGACGUAAGGGCAUUUCAGGAUCAAAAGACCUGGAAAAUAAUAACGCUACUAAUUCUGUACGCAAAGGAGAUACAACUUCUACCGAUAAUCCAGUUAUGUCUCGUUUAUCGGCACUAAUACCACCACCCACCGGGCGUAAAAACUCUGAUGACGACGACGAUACCCACGACGAGGACAACGAUACAGAUUGGGUGGAAUAGCAAUGGUUUAUAUGUAAUAAUAUACAGUAAUGUGUGAAGUGUAAUAGCUCUUUUACUGCAAAGAUUUGAUGCCAAUUUCAAACCACUUGUGCCUACGUUUAAAUUACACAAUACUAAAAAUGUGUUAUCCACAAAAUUUGCAAAUGUGUAUGAACAUAUAAAUUAUUUAUUUUUUAAAUUCAAAUUAACGUUCGAUGAAAAUAGAAUAUACAUGUUUUUUAAAAUGAUACAUUAUAAACAUAUCCAAAAUAUAAACGCAAUUAAUUUACCAUCUA